UGGGGGCGGGGCGCGAUGGAUGGGGAGGAGCACGUGCAAGCGCUGAGUGUGAAAGGGGCCGGUCCUAAACCCGCCAGGUGCGCCAGCACCACGCAGUGCAAGGACAGAGUGCCCCUCCAUCCCCGCUUUUUACGUUACAUCCUCAGCGUAUCUAAAGAUCAUCUUCCUCCCUGCUCUAAAAGACGGCUGCGAGCACAGCGCCGAACCGCCGCACGCUCUGCCCCAGCACGACCUGCGGGGCGGUGCGGGCAGGGGCAGGGCUCCGCUCCCGGCUCCUCCUCCUCCCCGCGGAGCCGCCGAGGGUCGCGCGGAGCCCGGCGUGGGAGCUGCCGAUUUGUCACCAUGAGCUUCUUGCCAUUCGAGUCCCUCUGUGUUUUCCUGCUUCCCCAAGUUUGGUUAGCAUUGGGCAUACAGGAAAUUCACGCUGACCAGGAGACGAUUGGCAAGAUCUCAGCUGCUGGCCAGUUGAUGUGGUGCUCAGCUUCCAUUGAUAUCCUUUUCCUCUUGGAUGGCUCCUACAGCAUUGGCAGAGGCAGCUUUGAAAGAUCGAAGCACUUUGCAGGCAAGCUCUGUGAUGCUCUGGACAUCCAUCCAGGCAGGGUCCGUGUAGGAAUGGUACAGUUUAGUUCAGCUCCCCAUCUUGAGUUCUCACUGGAUUCCUACCUAACCAAACAAGAAGUUAAAGAGAGAAUCAAGAGGACAGUGUUCAGAGGUGGCAGCACAGAAACUGGUCGGGCUCUGAAAUACGUUCUCCGUAAGGGAUUCCCUGGUGGCAGGAACUUGACUGUCCCCAAGAUCCUGAUCAUCAUUUCGGAUGGAAAGUCCCAGGGCAGUACUGCAAUGCCUGCCAUGCAGGUGAAGGAGAGAGGCACUACAGUUUUUGCAGUGGGAGUCAAGUUUCCAAGGUGGGAGGAGCUGCAUGCUCUGGCCAGUGAGCCCACCGAGCAACACGUGCUUUUUGCCGGCGAUGCCAGCGACGCGGCCAAUGGCCUGUACAGCGCCCUGAGCGGCUCCGUCUGCAGUGUCACCACACCAGGCUGCAAAGUUGAAUCCUUCCCUUGUGAGCGCAGGACUCUGGAGACUGAGAAAGAACUGGCUGGAAACUACGUCUGCUGGAAAGGCUCAAAGCAGCAAAACGCAGUGCAUGCUUUGCUGUGCCCUUUUUACAGAUUGAAAAGAGUCUCCAUAAAACACCCAUCCAGGUGCUUUCGAACUGUAUGUACAGACCCUUGUGACUCCCAGCCAUGCCAGAAUGGGGGUACGUGUGUCCCAGAGGGACUGGACAAGUACCACUGCCUGUGCCCAGUGGGAUAUGGAGGAGGCAUACGCUGUGCACCAAAGCUGAGCCUUGGGUGUGCUGUGGAUCUCCUUUUCCUGAUGGACAGCUCAGCAGGGGUCACACUGGAGGGAUUCCUGCGCUACAAGGCGUUCCUCAAGAGGUUCCUUCAAGCAAUGAUGGGCCGGGACUCACCAGCAAAUGUGGGGGUGGCCCAGUACGAUACCAACGUCAGGAUACCCAUUGAAGUGGGACAACACAAAGACGUGUUUGGUCUCAUGAAGAGCAUUGAUGCUUUGAAUUUCAGCGGGGGAGGAACCCUGAUGGGCAGAGCCCUGCGGUACAUUGCACAGCAUGGUUUUAGGAGCACCCCAGACUUUGCAGAUGUCCUGGAUGGCCUCCCACGCGUGGUUGUCUUGCUCGCUGACUCCAAGUCCCAAGACCCAGUGGCAGAAGCUGCCAAGUAUGCAAGGGACAGAGAUCUCUUCUUGAUCGGUGUAGGCAGCAGCUUUGUGAGAGCAGAUCUGGCUGAAGUGACUGGCAACCCAAAGCAGACCCUCAUCUACUCAGACCCCCAGGAUUUGUUCAACAGGAUCCCAGAGCUGCAGAGAAGAAUUUGCAGUGUGAACAAUCCUGAAGGAGUUCCCCGGGGUGAUUCUCCAAGAUCUCCAGUCCUCCCUACAGACUCCCGUACACAGCAGAGUCCAAGCAGAUUGCAGCACUUCUCCAGAGCCUACCGACACCCCGAAAGGACCUGAGGUGCUGACCCAGAUGUGCUGAGCUCCAGUUCUCCUCCCGUGGGCACUUACUGCUGCUCACAAGCACAAUCCAGCAAGCCACUGCUGCCCUUGGUUGAGUGGGUCAUUCCCAGUUCCUGCAUUGCACAAACUGGACUUUCUGAUGCUCUUUUUCUUUUGGAAUCAAGUAAAUAUUUUAGAUUAAGUAUCUAUUUUUGGCAUUUUUAUGUGUUAAUUGUAUUUUUAACAGACUUCUGGAGAGGUCUUUGAGUUAGCCUGAAAAGAUGUAGACAUCUGAGCAAUUCUGGAGCUCCCACUGAUGGUGUGUUAUGGAGAUGGCAGCUGUGGUUCCCUGCACACAGGGGUUUUUGAGGAGGUGUUGAAGCAACCGGCAAUAGGCUGGGUCACACUCUGAGCCAGCUGUCGUCUUGGUGUUAGCUUUUGGAUCGGCCUAAAGAUUUGAUUGUCUUUCUAAGCUGAUCCUUGAUCUAGGCUAGAAGUGAUACUUUCAGUGCAAAAACUGCAGAAUGAAAUGAAAUACAGUCCCUGGUGAGCAGGUUAGGCAGCAAGUGAUGGAGUGAACAGCGUGCUACAUGUAGGUGCACAGAUAAGAGGAAGAGGAACUGGUUAUGAGCCUCUGUUCAUAAGUUAUUUGUGCCGCUUUUUUCUCUGAGUUUAUUUGGACUAGUCUAAUAAGGUUUAUCUUCAUAGGCAUUUUGUAGCUGUCUGCUUGUUUAGGUUUGAAAAUGAUUGGUUUUGCAAAAUAUUCAAUGGAUUGUGUGACUCCAAAGCA